AUGGCAAAGUUGUUUGACCAGAUCAUGUUGUGGGUUGUCGCCCUUACCCAGGGACUCUGGGGCAUCAAGCUUCACUACGUGGCUAGCGGACCUGAGGGUAAACCUCUGAUGCUGUUCAUUCACGGCUUCCCUGAGUUCUGGUUCUCGUGGAGGCAUCAAAUCAAAGAGUUCCAGAAGGAUUACAGGGUGGUUGCUAUCGACACCAGAGGCUGCGGAGAGUCAGAAAAACCCAGCAAGCUGACUGAAUAUUCGAUGGCCAUACUUCUGUCUGACAUUAAAAGGACUAUCGUUGCCUUAGGGUACAAAAGCUGUGUUCUGGUCGCUCACGACUGGGGCGGCGCCAUAUCGUGGGCCUUCUGCCGUCAUCACCCGGAUAUGGUGGAUAAAUUUAUUGUCAUGAAUGCGCCGCCUCUGCCGGUGUUUGAAAAGAUGAUAAAGCUAAAAGAGCAGUUCAAGAUGUCUUGGUAUAUGUUUUUCUUCCAACUCCCGUAUCUCCCAGAGCUGUACAUUAGGAUGAAAAAUUUUGAAGCCCUUGAGAGCUGCUAUGGCAUCAAGAAAACUGGAGGUCUCUGUUUCUCUGGUGCCUUUCACAAGCCUCUAACCCAGGAAGAACUUGACGCCUAUAAGUAUAUCUUUUCUCAACCGGGAACUCUGACAGCAUCCAUCAAUUAUUACAGGGCUAUUUUGGGAAAACCAACUGAGCCUUACGACAUGACCUUUACCAUGCCCAUCCUGGUUAUCUGGGGGUGUGACGACAAGGCUCUCCACGUCACAGCUGUGGAUGACAUCAAACGGGCCUUGCCACAAGUGAGCAUUGAACGUAUAGAAGAGGCUGGUCAUUUCGUACAGAUGGACACACCUGAGAAGGUCAACAGGGCCAUGAGAGCCUGGCUGAAUAGACAGGCGUAGUGUUAUUUAUAAGACAAAUAGCAGCGGUCUUAGUAUAAUGUAUAAGGGGAGGUAACAGGCUUAUUUUUUUCUGUGUGUAAUUAAGCUUUGAUUCAUUCAUAAGGGGAGAUAAAAUAGCUUUAGUUCAAUUUAUUAAGGCGGGCAACAGGCUUUAUAAGCAGACUUAGUUUAAUUUAUAUUAUAAGGGUAGAUGAAUAGCUUUAUUAGCAAGCUUUGUUUCAUUUGUUAGGGGAGAUAAAGGUUUUUAUAAGCAGUCUUAGUUUAUUUCUAAGGGGAAAUAAAAGCUUGAUAAGCAGUCUGAGUUUAAUUUAUAAGUAAUAUAAGGGGGGGG